CUAAAACUUUGAUCUUAACCGCUGUUGAACUCCAAUUUAUCGGAUAUGGAAAUCCUACAUCUUGGAUAUACAAAACUUUCACCAAAAGUCGUUACAAUCCCGCCAAACUUUUAAAUAAAUUUUUAAAAACAAAAGUUUCUGCAUCAUUUUACUUUUUAUUUUGCAUCUUUUCACACUUUAAAAUUCCUUAUAAACUCGCUCAGCUCAUAUUCUUAUCAGUCACAUCACAGACAUAAAAUUUCAAUUAUUUCAAUCUCAUCUCCGCAUUUAACGAGCUUUUUCGUUUAAAAUAGAAUCAGGAAUAAAAACUGAGUGUAAUAAUUAUUUAAGUAAUUAUCAAGCUAGUGCAAUUGUGUGAAAAAAUUCAUUCCAAAGUCCAUAAAAGGCUAAUUGUUAUUUGACAUUUCGGGUCACAAGAAGAAAAAAAAAAUAAAAGAAAACGUAAAAAAAAGUCGAUUUCCUAUCAAAAUAUAUUUUCUGUUCAUUGCGUAACUGAAGACGUUAGAACAAUUAUUUGUGAAUAUGACACUGCCAACAGGAAUCAACAUUGAUGAGCCGAGAUAUCCUCAAAAUACUUAUGUCAAUCGUGCGAAACAUUUUCUCAUUGUGACAAAUCCACUUAAUGUUUUUGCUUCUGAAGAGUCAUUGAAUAAAGCUGCAAGAAUUGUCAAAGACUACAAAGCCGGCAGACCAAUUCCAGAUGUAAAAUCAGAGGAUGAAUUAUGGAAGGCAAAAUAUUUGUAUGAUUCAGCUUUCCAUCCAGAUACUGGAGAGAAAAUGAUGUUAAUUGGUCGCAUGUCUGCUCAAGUUCCAAUGAACAUGACAAUUACUGGAGCAAUGAUGACAUUUUAUAGAUCGACUCCAGCUGUAAUUUUCUGGCAAUGGGCAAAUCAGUCUUUCAAUGCAGUUGUAAACUAUACAAAUCGCUCAGGAGCUUCUCCAAUUUCAACUGAACAACUGAUGACUUCUUAUUGUAUGGCGACUAGUGGAGCUUUAGUAACUGCCUUGGGAUUAAACAGAUUAGCAAAGAAUUUAACUGGUGUUUUGCCUAAAUUAGUCCCACUCGCUGCCGUCGCAGCUGCUAACUGUGUCAACAUACCAUUGAUGAGACUCCAAGAGCUUAAAAAUGGAGUUCCAGUUAUAGAUGAAAGUGGAAAAGAAUACGGAAGUUCAGUCACUGCAGCUCAACAAGGAAUCGCAGCUGUGACUUUGUCUAGAAUUUUUAUGGCUUGCCCUGGAAUGGUCUUUACACCAGUGCUCGUUAAUUACCUCGAAAAGAAGACAACGCUGUUCAAAAGAUUCCCAUGGGCGAACUCACCAAUCCAAAUCCUCUUCUGUGGUUUCGUCUUGACAUUUGCAACACCAUUAUGCUGCGCUAUUUUCACACAAAAAGCUUCAAUUUCUGUUGAUAGCUUGGAAGAUGAUUUGAAGCAGAAAAUAAAGAAGGAAAGUCCAAGUGUUAAAACUGUCUAUUACAAUAAGGGAUUGUAGACAGUCACUUUAGUUGAAACUCAGAAAUUUAUUGAAAAUAUUUUUUGAUGCAUUUAAAACUUUUAUUUUUUUUAAGUUUCACAUUUACGCUUAAUUUUUUUUAAAUCCUUAGUGUGGAAUGUGAAACAUUUUAUUUGAACUUAUUUAGAAACAAAUUGUUUUAAUUUAAUUUUGUUGAAAAUGUCUUAGCAAUUUACGAAAAUUUGAAGCAUUUAUUUUAAACUUUAAGUUUAUUAAAAAUAUGAGUAUGCAAUAAUUAAGGGCAAAUCCACAAAUAAUUGGAUAAUAAUUGAAUAUUUUUCAUCAGAGAUCGAAGCCGAUUUUUUCGGCUUAACUCAAUUUUUGAUUUUUUUGAUAGAAAAAAGCCAUUU